CGCUUCCAACUUUUCAAAUUGCUGGCAACUUUGGCAAGAUUUGUACUACAUUUUCAAAUUAUAUUUAUGCGCUGAAUACAGUGUUUCUGUUGUUUUAAAAAUGGAGAACAAAUGGGAAUGCAACGACUGCGAGAAAUCGUUCGACCGUUUGGCUGCUUUGAAGCAACAUGUCCGAGUUCAUAGCGGUGAAAAAUCACAUGUUUGCGAUAUUUGUAGCAAGAGUUUUUCUCUGGCUACGAACUUGACCAUUCACAAAAGAAUUCACUCGGGUUCCAAGCCGUACGCCUGUGACGUCUGUGGUAAGAAGUUCACUCAGCUGGGCAAUAUGAAAAGCCACAAGAUUCGACAUACGGGGCUUAAACCGUUCGCUUGUGAUUCCUGCGAGAAAUGCUUCGUUGAUCAAAAGGGCUUGAGCAGACAUCAAGUACGCCACACAGGUGAGAAGUCGCAUGAAUGUGAUGUUUGUCAUAAGAAAUUUUCACAAGAAACGUCAUUAAAAGUUCACAAAAGAACACAUAGUGGGGAAAGGCCUUAUCAGUGUGAUCAGUGUGACAAGAAGUUUACUCAGAUUGGCAACUUGAAUGCUCAUAAAACAGUGCACACCCAGGCCAAACCGUACCAAUGCCAGGUUUGCCACAAAGAAUUUGGUCACAUAAGUACUUUAAGCAAGCAUAAGUUAACACAUGAAAAGACUGACACCUAUGAAUGUGGUGUCUGCAUGAAGGUGUUCAAACACAUUGGACACUGGACGAGACACAAAAAUGCCCAUGUGGAAUCUCAAGACAAGAAAUGUGUGUGUACGAUAUGUGAAAAGAGCUUUAGUAAACCUGAAUUUCUUGAAAUCCACGAACAAACUCACAACAAAAAGUAUGAUUGCAAUCAGUGUAGCAAGACGUUUGCAAGUAGUACCUCAUUAAAACUACACGCUAGGACGCACAGUGGUGAAAAACCAUAUCAUUGUCAGCUUUGUGAUAAAACGUUUAGCCAGUCGAGUAACCUUGUUGCUCAUCAAAAUGUACACACUCAGAAACGGCCAUACAAAUGUCAACUUUGUGACAAGGCAUUUGGUCAUGUGAGUACAAGAAACAAACAUCAAAGAACCCAUGCGAAACAUGGAACAGCUGUUGAAAAAACUAUUAUUGAGGAGGUAGCUAUUCUAGAAACUGAUAUUCAAGAGAUCGCUAUUCAAGAAACAGCUAUUCAAGAAACAGCUAUUCAAGAAACAGCUAUUCGAGAAACAGAUAUAGAAUCUCAAGACAAGAAAUGUGUGUGUACGAUAUGUGAAAAGAGCUUUAGUAAACCUGAAUUUCUUGAAAUCCAUGAACAAACUCACAACAAGAAGUACGCUUGUGAUCAGUGUAACAAGACGUUUGCAAGUAGUACUGCAUUAAAAGUACAUGGUAGGACGCACAGUGGUGAAAAACCAUAUCAUUGUCAGCUUUGUGAUAAAACGUUUAGCCAAUCGAGUAACCUUGUUGCUCAUCAAAAUGUACACACUCAGGAACGACCAUACAAAUGUCAACUUUGUGAUAAGGCAUUUGGUCAUGUGGGUACAAGAAACAAACAUCAAAGAACCCAUAAGAAACGUGGAACAGCUGUUGAAAAAACGGUUAUUGAGGCGGCAGCUAUUCUAGAAACUGAUAUUCAAGAGAUCGCUAUUCAAGAAACAGCUAUUCAACUGACAGGGAUUCAACAAAUAACAAUUCAAGAAACAGCUAUUCAAGAAAUGGAUGUUCAAGAAAUAGCAAUUCAAGAAACAGCUGUUCAAGAAACAGAUAUUCAACAAUUAGCUAUUGAAGUAACAGCUAUUCAUGAAACAGAUAUUAAAGCAGAAAUUCAAGAAACAGUCAAAACAGCUAUUGAAGAAGCAGGUACCGGUAAUCAAGAAUCAGUUAUUCAAGAAGAAACUUCAACAACUUGUGUGAUUAUACCAAAUGAUGUUGACUUAUCCUCCAUCGCCUCCCAUUUAGUUGAAAUGCUGGAUGUCAGGAACAGCAAAACAGAUUCUUAAAUGAGUUGGGUAUGAUUCUGUUUGUGUCAUUUACACUUUAAUUGGUGUUCAUUUCAAAUGAAGUAACAGACUUUGCCUUUUAGGACUUUUAGGUUAAGAGUUGCCCUCUGCCCUACAGACCUGUAUGUACCACAGAAUACCACACAAAUUUACAUGUUCCAUAUCUUUUGUCAAAUGCAUAUAACAUAUAGCCUGUUAAAUAUCUUUUAGUAUAGUUUUUCAUUAUUUUUUUCUUCCUGUGCGGUCUUUUGGGGUUAGAUUUGGCAGAUUCUAUUAUUUUUUAAAUCGAACAUUCUGUGGAUAAAAUCCUAAUUAAUGUACCACAGAAUACCAGUGCGGCAAUAAGUAAGGAAUAUGGUUUAUCAAAUUGUACAAGGAUUUGGUGUGUCAUGUUGUGUGAUAACACUGAGUGUACAGAUAUUGCUAACUUAAUUUAGUUGAAGGUUAAUACAGUAUGUUAGGUUUACCAAUAAUUUUGAAAAAUUGAGUUUUUUAUAGUAAAUUUGAUUACUUAGUGAUAUUCCUGAACUGUAAAAAUUUGAUUACGU